UAAAUAUAUAGAAUAUAUUGAUGGGUUCAUCUCAAUCUCAUAUUAUAGAUUCCGGUGCAUCCGGUCAAGCUUCGUCUUCUACGUUAACAACUGGCAAGAAAAUUUGUUGUGUCUGCAAAGAAACAAAAUUAGCGAGGGACGAAUGUGUAGCAAAACAUGGAGAAGAACAAUGUAAAGAACUAAUUGAUUUACACAAUCAGUGCCUACGAAAAGAAGGGUUCACGGUGAAUUAAUUAUAUAAUA